AUGGGUGUUAAUCCAAAUUGUUUCCACCUUCAGGUCCCGGCAGUAAUAAUUCAAGUUGAUAGCACAGCAACAAGCGCUCCGGGAAAUGGUUCUGGUACAGGAAACAAUAACGGUGGGGCUGCAAGUUCCGAGAGUAAACAAAAUACCUACAAGAUCCCAAAUGAUCCCGAAUGGGAAGUGGAAAGAGACUGUGUUCGUCUUGGACGUCAGAUCGGUGCUGGUGCCUUUGGAGUGGUCUACGCAGGCGUCAUUGCUGAACCAAAUAAAGUUCUACCUGGAUUGCGUAGGAGAGAACUUAGUGACUGUCCGGAUGUGCAGGAACUUACGGUUGCUGUGAAAACACUGCGUGAUAACUUCAAUGAGCAAGAGCUUGCAGAUCUCGUCAGAGAGAUGGAAAUUCUCAAACAAUUUGAGCCACAUCCGCAUGUUAUUCAACUCUAUGGUGCAUGUACUCAAAAUGGUAAGUCCCCGAUAUCGGAAUAA